AUACAUAUUAUGGUUCAUUUAUGGUAGCUGCCUGUUCUGUUUCACUGUACACACACUCUCUCACUUCCUAAUAUUCAUUACCUAUGAAGUGUAGCAGUGCACAGCUUCUGUAAAAAGAAAUGCUGAAGAAACCAGUUUGAAAUUUGGUAACCUGAUGCCAAACUGUUUCCAGUUGUGGAUUCUCAAAUUGCAUUCUUUGAUAGUUGGUAUUGAUAUUUUUUAAGGCACAAUUCCAUUCUGAGGGGUGCAGUGAUAACAGUAUCAGGUGCCUAGGCAUCUAAGUGAUCUUCCAGUGUUUAGAAAUUUAAAAGAGUUUUUAACAGGUUUGCAAGAAGGACACCCACAUUGCUCAUUCGGAGAAAGGUCAUGGAAUCCUGAAUGACUAGCAAGGUUUUUCAAACAUCCUGAUUUAAAGCUGAAGAAUUCUUAGGAAGUUUAAUACGAUGUCCUCUUGGAUUACAAUCUCUGUGCGAAGCACCAUCUCCACUCUGCCUGGAAAAGGAUGUUUAUAUUCCAGGUGCAUUUCAAGUCAAUACAAAGUACCAUGGAGGAAUGUGUUUACCAAAGGCCAUUUUUCUUCCCUCCUGGCAAGCUGCAGUUGCAAGAUGAACAAAGCUCUCGCUGUGAGAAAAGCUUUCAGACAUACCUCAACAGAAGAAGAAGAUUUCUCUUUCCAUCUGACACCAUCACAGAUCAAUGACAUCUUACGGGCAAAUGACUUGUCCCAUACGGUCCCCGAAUUUGAUGGGAAAAACCCAAGCUCUGUGCUGAAGUUUGAGAGUAACCACUUGGCUGCCAACACCCCAAUUGAAGACCGCAGAAGCGCAGCUACCUGUUUGCAAACCCGAGGGAUGAUGUUUGGGGUCUUUGAUGGUCACGCAGGUUAUGCCUGUGCCCAGUCAGUCAGCGAGAGGCUGUUUUUUUACAUUGCUGUUUCUCUUCUGGCUCCGCACACGCUGGAAGAAAUUGAGGCUGCCAUGGAGUCUAUGAAACCAGUUCUGCCUAUUCUACAGUGGCACAAGCAUCCCAAUGACAGAUUCUUUCAAGAAGUAGCACCACUGUAUUUGGAGCAGCUCCGGGUUUAUUGGCAGGACUUGCUCAACAUGGACACAGAGCUCAGGUUGGAUCUAAAAGAUGCUUUGAUCCAUGCAUUUAAAAGACUGGAUUCGGACAUAUCCCUGGAGGUUCAGGCUCCCUCAGAAAAUGAAUUGACCAGAAACAUAGCUCUUCAGGUAGCUUUCUCAGGCACAACAGCAUGUGUGGCUCACAUCGACAGUGUUCAUUUGCAUGUUGCAAACACGGGGGACUGCAGAGCAAUUUUAGGGGUUCAGAAUGAAGAUGGGAUGUGGUCAGCCCUCCCUCUUACUCAAGAUCACAAUGCUUUCAACAAAAUGGAGGCCUUAAGGUUAAAAGAGGAGCACCCAGACACGGAAGAGGGCACCCUCAUUGUGAACAACAGGUUGCUCGGAGUCCUCAUGCCCUCGAGAGCCUUUGGAGAUGUCAGUUUCAAGUGGAGCCGGGAACUGCAGAACAGUGUGCUGGGCAACUGUUGCAACACGGAGGCUUUAAACAUUUAUGAGUUCGUACCUCCAAACUACCAUACGCCGCCCUAUCUAACUGCAGAGCCGGAAGUUACCUACCACAAAAUAAGAAAGCAGGAUAAAUUUUUAGUUAUCGCUUCUGAUGGCCUGUGGGACAUGUUGAGCAAUGAAGAAGUAGUCCGGCUUGUUGCAGACCAUCUGCUGGAAGCUGAUGUCCGGAAAACAGGGUUCACUUUUAAGAAACCAGCCAACCUGGGUUGCAUGCAGAACUUGCUGCUUCGGAGAAAAGUGAGGCAGGGCCAUUCAUACGACCGAAAUGUGGCAACUCACCUCAUCCGACAUGCGGUUGGCAGUAAUGAAAAUGGAGAGAUCGAUCCGGAGAAGCUCAUGGCAAUGCUGACUCUUCCAGAUGAUUUGGCACGCAUGUAUCGGGAUGAUAUCACUGUUACCGUGGUUUACUUCAAUUCAGAUGUAGUUGAAGGUCACUACAGAGAGAAUGAGUAAGGAGCGGGGCUUGUUGAUGUUGGUUCUGGGGACCGUCAGCCCUUCUUUUGGCUGCCAGUUACAUUUCUAGGCAAGCUAUGGUGCAGACACCCCCAGGCCCGCCUGUUGUCAGCAGCCUGAUCUUGCCUAUUCUUAACCGAGAAAUGGGAGUAAACGUGAAAUAACUUAACCUUGUUAAUAUAAUGCUUCUUUCAGUUGAUUAGUAAAAAGUGGUUAUUUUAGGACACAAUCCUGAGACAGAAGUCUCUGAUCAAGAAGGCUUCUGUGUAUCCAGUGCCAUUCCAAGCCGAGGCGCAAUGGAGGCAAUUUGUCCUAUGUUUGGCCAAAUUUCAUUCCCCUUGGAGCUGGUUACGCAUUUCUCUGAACCAUGCUUGUUUGGCCCAAGAUUUAAAAUCUGAAAUGGCAAACAGUACUUGUCAUUUGAGCACAAGUUUCAGCAUAACCAGAAGGACAAGGUUUGCCCUGUGUGUGUGUUGGGUGUUGGGGGGAAACAUUUCAUUUCAGGUGUACACCUAAGCAAACUGAGGUGAAAGAAUCUGCCAGGCAUUACCCUGACAUACGUUGGAGUGAAACAUACAGGGACUAGUCAGAAGUACCUCCUUUUGGAGAAGCCACCCAGGGAAUUCUGCCCCUAGAGCACAAUAUCUCAGGAAGAUUUGUUUCCAAGUUAGCUUCCUAAAUUCUCUUGUCCAGUUACAUAUUUAAACUGCAACACCUUAAAAGUAAACUAAAAAGCCCUGAAAGCACCAACUUUUUUCUUAGCUGUGUUGCAGCCACUUGGCAAAGUGGCUGUAAUACAGAGAAAAUACCAAUUUUAACAUGUAUUUUUAGCAAGUAUGGACAUUACAUGUAUCUGUUAUGAGUACAACUUAUUUUUGGAAAUAAAUUAUUAGCUAUCUGGUCACUGGGAAUGUAUAAAUACAGUGCUUUUAAUUUGCAUAAAUGUGGUGGGUUAAAUCCAAAAUUUACAAUGGAGUUACUGUGCUGAUGGAAGUAGACUUUAGUGGUCUCUCAUUCUCAGGCAACCCGCUGAAAAUGAUACAUAGACAGUCAGAAGGCCCUGCUGAAAGGUGUGAGCUGAAGUUCGGAUUGAGAGGGAUCCCCAAAAGUCAGGCAGAGGGGUCUUCCACGAGCAGAGUGGUCUCUCCUGUAGAAGUUCCUUCCUAUUACAGGAGGCAGAUCCUGACUUCAAAUAAUAUUUGUGUCAUUGUUUGUCAUUGUUUAACAAUGGCAAAGUUUGUCAUUGUUUAACAAAUACGAAGUUUUGUAUCUAGGCUAAAUGUAAAUAGUCUUGAGUGUACAUACAUUGCUAGUUUAUGACUGAACCUUGUUUAUAUUCCUUAAAAUUAUGUUGAACAAUAUCAAAUCACUUAGCGUGUAAUAUAAAAAUUGCUUAUAGUCCGAAUCCUGAUUUCAGAGAAGCGUAGCCAUGCACUUCAUUUCUACUGAGUUUUUAGUUGAAUAAAAGUUUCAUCAUUAAUUCAAAGCCAUCGCAUAAAGACUGAAAUGACUUAAAAACAUGGCUAUUGCACAGGGAAUACAGCAGCUUUGUACUGGGCAAUUCCUGCUCAUGCAGAUGGAAUUUCCCAUUCUUUGAGUAAAAGAAUAGGGCCUGUUUGAUGGUGAUACAUAAAAGUGUAAGUUUCAGUAGAAAAACCAGGGGAAUUAACUUCUUAAAUGUCAUUCUCUGCACAAAGAAGUGAAAGUGGGCUAGAGGGAGGCGUGAAGCUGCACUGAAUGAGCAGUUCUGGCCUAUCUUAUUCAUCUCAUUCCUUUGGUUCCGCGGAUGAUAUAACUUGAGGGGGUUGCAAGCAUGCCUUACUUGACAGUGCAAUAAAAUAGUUGAGGACUCAGACCUAGUUACUGUGCCAUCAGUGCUUGUGAGCUUUCAGACUUACGAUCGUCAUGUCCAAGGUGGGAGAUGAAGUCAGUUUUCAGCUCUCAGUCAUGCAACCCUGCAUUUUUUGUUGGUUGGGCUUUUAGCCAGUCUAGCAAAGGUAUUUUGUAGGGGAGCUCAUGGUAGCUCAACCUGGCCUUUCCAGUUUCCCAUCUCCAGACUUUGAGGCUUGAGGGAGGUGAGGAGUUUUGGAUCUCUGACUCCAUUUUCCAAAGCGAGAGCACAAUCCCUGAAGUUGGCAUGGGGAUGGGGGGAGCGUGUACUCCAAGCAAUCAUGUGGAUCCUCAGAUGCCACCUAGGGCCCCUAAGAUGGCUCCCUAAGAAGAGUAAUUAUACAGAAGGGAAAUAAAAGAAAGUGUAAAUAGGUUUUUGCAACAUCUAUUGAGUCCUUAAAGUUCCGUCAGAUACUGGAAACAAUUUCUAAACGUAAAUAAGGUUUGCCUUACUGUCAGCACUUUAAAAUCAAACAAAAGUUCUAUGCAUAGUUUUCAAUACAAAUUGGACUGCAAACAAAAUAUUGAUGGGAGUGAAAUAGCAUCUGGGUGCUGAUUUUAUUAGGGUUGUUUCUAAGUAUUAUCAGGCCAAAUAAUUGCUGCUCUUAAUAGAUGAGAUUAUUUAUAUUUUCUAUCAACCCAGUCACCAACAUUAUCUUAUUACAAACAGUUAAGAUACUAACCUACCAUACAAACAGUUAAAAAUGGAAAAUUCAGUACAAAUAUUUAAAAUAAUAGAACACUUCUGGUUGUUUUAAGUACAGUCUGUAAUGCCUCUUCCUGAAAAGUGGGCUUUCUUCUGACAUUAUCCAUAGUACCUAAUGAAGUAGUGAGUGGGAGACAUUUUUGUCGUCUUUCAUAGAAAAGGUUUGUGUCAUUAAGAGCAACAGGUGGAUGUAAAAAUGUUACUGAUCGUGUUAAAUGUACUUGUAAUUACUGUUUUAAAUAUCACUCUCUUUUUACUGUGAAAGUGCGGCCAGCACACCUCACAAAGAGUUUUAUUCUUGAUUUAAUUCAGAGAAUGACAGUGUUCUGUAUAAAGUGUUUACAGAUAUGCAGGUAAUACUGUUGGUUGCGCAUCUCUGUAAGAGCAGUGAUGCAGUUCAUUGACUUUCAUGUACAUGGUAAGCCACUUCUGUUCUGCAAGGCUGAGCAACAGCCGAGUAAUGGAAGUUGAGUAACAGCUUUUCUCUGUGCUCCAGGCCUGCCCUUCACUAUCUUCUCUUCUUUGUGGGAUGGAUGGUCCAGGCUGACAGCUGAGAUCUUCAUUCCUUCCUCUAGUUUCUUACCUGUGAUGUGCAAGAUAACCUGGUGAUUUUGCUUCCUGUUGAGGCUCCUUCCAUUCCUGGGAGUCUCCUAUCCCUCCCAAUGUGUUUCUGUGAACUCUUGAGAGAGUUGCCCAUAGCAGCUGUGGCUGCUAUCUGUCCUCCAGCAUUCCUAGCAGACUGUCUUCCCCCUCCUGUUCUGCAACAGCUCCUCUGCAGCCAAACCCCUGUCUUUUGCUCCUGUUUCUGUGACCUCUUCCCCCACUAUCACCAGUUAACAAUGUAAAGCAAGAUCUCACCUUUUCACACAACUGGUGUCCCUGAGGUUGAGCUAGCCUCAUAACUUGGUUUAACAAAGGAUUUACCACAUAAAAAAGCCUCUGGCCCCGCUUGCCGGUAUUACCUGCUCGGAUAGUGGCUUCCUGGGAUCAUGGGCCCUGCUAAUUAAGAUUUGCUUUCGUUGGUGUGAUGCUGGGGAUUGAGCCUGGGGCUAUGCACAUGUGCUUGACCACAGAUGCUCACUCUCACCCCACCUUGGUUGCUUUUCUAUGUUCACGUCAACUUUUCCCCACCUCGUGUUCUGCUUUUUUGUCUUUCUCUGGUCUUUUCUCUAAGUAAACACCCUGGGCAGGGCUGUCACAUUUGUGUAGUACUCUCUGAGUAUAUGUAGAAGAAACAUGGAAUAUCUCAUAAAGGUAGUAAUAUUAGCCAAUGCCAGUUUAUUUUGGUGCUGCUCAUAGCACCGCUCUUAAUGUGCUGGUUGGGAUAGAAAUAAACCUUGUUGAAUUGUAAAAUAUCUAGUAUAACAAAGGUAGGGAGGGGAAGAUGUGACACACAAGUUGGGUAACUGAUUUCAGUUGAGUUUGCACUAAAGACUUUUCUCUUUGGAUCCAUUCUCUUGCUGAGCAAAACGGGUUCUCACCUGGAGAGUGCUCUGUAAUACAGAGUAACAGUUUAAAAUUCAGAAAUCACUCGGUCUUCAACUUAUUUAGCAAUAGUGCUAAUGUGCCUCCUUCAGUGAGUAAGAUAUGUAUUUGUAUGUGACUCUGUUAACCUUUUUAAACUUUAGUAUUUUUAUGCUGGCUAUAUUAAGUUAAAAUGUUAGAAAGGGGAGACUGGUGCUGUUGUUCUUGUUCAUGGAGAUGAAAAACAAAUAUUGUUAAAUGUUUAUACUUAAAUAUUUUCCAAACCUCUCUGCUUUUCUAACCUGACAGUAAAUGUGUCUUUGGGAAUAAAGGUAUAGAACAAAAUGUGUUAUGAAUUCCAUUUGACUGAUUUCUGAUUAGUGUUGUGCAUGAUUCCAAUGACAGUGAAAUUAAAGUUGGUACAGUAUUCAUAGUGGAUGUGUCUCGUGAAUAAAUGGCUAUUAAAUGCUAAA